AAACAAUACACGGGUCAACAGAUUCUGCUGCAACCAUCGCAGUGUCAUGUGCUGGCGAAGGAUCAAAUACUUCGUUGUCGGAGGAUGACUGUGAAGAUUCUGAUUUCGUUGGAUCAUCAAUAGAGCCUAUAGCUACUGGCCUUAUCUCCAGCAGGUCGGCUACUUCAGAAGUUCCAGAUACCACAGCUAUUGCCGCUGCUGUACGUAAGCGUUUGUACAGUAAGGGCAUUAGUCAGCGACUAUUUGCCAGGCACGUGCUGGCACUGAGCCAGGGUACCACGAGUGAUCUACUUUGCCGGCCAAAGCCAUGGCGUCGGCUCGCUGGCCGCGCACGCCAAUCUUAUAAUCGCAUGCUAACUUGGCUCACAGAUCCGGCUGGACUUGAUACCCUGGCUCGCGCGGCUAGGUCAACUAAUUCA